CCCAUUCUCCUUAUCCGAAGGCGGCUCCUCUCUUUCCCCUCUGUAAAACCCCUCGCGCAGACGGCGGCCAUGGCGAUGGCGUCGCCGCCAGCCUGCUCCCUCCUCCUCCCGGCCAUUUCUUGCGCGCCGGCCUACGCUAGUGUCCCACGAGCACUCCGGUUCCUCACCUGCCCCCGCGCUGUAACAGCCCACCGACCCCUUCCCACGACCUCCUCUCCUAAGGUCGCGGCGCCCCCCGCCGUCGAGAUCCCGGAGGAGUACGCGGAUGAUGUCGAAGCGGUGAACAUUGCGGUGGACGUCACUCAGCUAAUUGGAAAGACCCCAAUGGUAUAUCUCAAUAAUGUUGUCGAAGGUUGUGUCGCUAAUAUUGCCGCAAAGCUUGAGUACAUGGGACCUUGCCGGAGCGUCAAAGACAGGAUUGCAUUAAGCAUGAUUAGUGACGCAGAAGAGAAAGGAUUAAUUUCUCCAAACAAGACCAUUUUGGUAGAACCAACUACUGGGAAUACUGGUAUAGGACUAGCUGCAGUAGCUGCUGCUAGAGGAUACAAAAUGAUAGCAACUAUGCCUUCAUCGAUAGAUGUUGAGAGACGCAUUCUUGUACGCGCAUUUGGAGCAGAUAUUGUGUUAACUGAUCCGACAACAGGACUAAAAGGAGCUGUUGACAAAGCUGAGGAAAUAGUUUCAAAGACACCGAAUGCGUACAUGUUUCAGCAAUUCGACAAUACAGCUAACAGUGAGAUCCACUUUCAAACCACAGGCCCAGAAAUAUGGGAGGACACACUGGGUACUGUUGACAUACUUGUUGCGAGCAUCGGGACUGGUGGCACUAUCACUGGCACCGGGCGCUACUUAAAAAUGAUGAAUAGAGAUAUUAAGGUCAUCGGGGUAGAACCUGCUGAAACUAGUGUGAUUUCUGGCGACAAGCCAGGUUAUAUUCCAAGCAUACUAGAUGUUCAGCUCCUUGAUGAGGUUGUGAAGGUUACCACUGCAGAGGCAGUUGAUGUUGCGAGGCUGCUUGCACUAAAAGAGGGCUUGCUGGUUGGCAUUUCGUCAGGUGCUGCAGCAAUUGCUGCUAUAAACGUGGCCAAAAGACCUGAAAAUGCUGGAAAGCUGAUUGCCGUUAUCUUCCCCAGCUUUGGAGAGAGAUAUAUCUCUAGCAUUUUGUUCCGUCCGAUAUACAACUCCGUUCGAAGGAUGAGGAAGCGAUGAUCAACUUCUCCCAUUCCAAGAAAGACGGACCCGACAGGCUUCCACGGCAUGACAAACAUAACACAUCAAGCAGAGCAGCAUUGUAGAAAUGCUCUGGCAGCAGAAGGACACUGGUCGUAAAUGUUUGAAAUUGCGCAGAGUAGCUGCCGAGUGGGCUUCAGCACUGCAUCGACUUGGUUCCAUAAAAAACCGAGGGAAGGGAAAAUCAUGAGUUGUUGUAUGUUAUCUGCCUCAAACGUUUGGAACUCGGUGAAACAUGCCGAAUUAGAUGUGGUAGUUCGCUUAGGAUCAAUGUUUGAGUAGUCUAUAGGGCCAAGAACAAAGCAGACUUGUCAUCUGAUAUUUGACUGAUCUUACUAAAUGGUCUCCUAUAUUAGCUGGCGAUUGGUUCGUUCA